AUGUGCGUGCAGUCGGGUCGCGUGUACGCGGUGCUGCCGCCGAACGUGUCUUCCAUCACCGCAACCUACAGCUUGGGGAGUUAUGAGAACUUCUUCACGAACUUGACGGAUGCGGUGCUGAAGCGUGGCGUCAAGUACCACCCGCUCACCACAGUGCCAGCGGCUGGUGUGCUCAUGGCGGUUUCUGGGCAAACUGGAAACCUCUACACCUUGAUGCACGAGGGUCUGCGCGGGUGGGGCUCUCUCAUGGAGGAGGGCUUCGGCCUCGGCUUCGACUCGGUGGGGGACAAGAAGGCGUGGCGCAAAGUGCCGAAGCAGGUGCUCUUCCUUGAUCACCCGCUCAUGGGCAUUCCACAAGAGGCGGCGCACUCGUCCACGGUGGCGCGGCAGCUGGCCAACGCCUUCUCAGAGCCGACGGAGUCGCCCUUCUUCGCUAUUGCGCCUAUCAGUCGCAUCCGCGCUGGGGAGGCAUCACGGGAGCCGAUGUAUUGCUUCUGCGGUGGGUUCGUGGUGCCGUCGGUGGGGGUGCGGGACGAGGGCACUCUCAGCCGGUCGGGCUACGGCUACAUGCGCCACGUCGUCAACCGGCACUUUGGUGGUGCGCCACUGGAGGGUGGCAAUGCAUGGUCUGCAAAGGAGGUGGAGGAGACACGGGUGGGCAGCGUCUUCUACACCCCCGCGGUGCGGAGCGCAUGGCCGCCGCAGGAUACCGCGCUGGAAAUAGCGCACCAUGGCGAUCUCAACCGGCGUCGUCGGCCACGCCUGCUGUGGAUUGGCCACAACCGCCCGUGCAUCAUCGAUGAGAGCAGCAUCAUCUCCGUCGCAAAGGAUAUUGGCUUUGAGGUGUACGUUGACACGCAGUACACGGCACACACCAGUGCGGCGGAGCAGUUUUACCUCGCGCGCUACGCAGACGUGGUGGUUGGCUUUCACGGGGUGGCGCUCAUCAACGCCGUCUGGAUGGAUGCGACAAGGCGCGAGUCAUGCCGCACGUUAGUCGAGUUCCUCCCAUACGCGCAGGCGAACCAGGUCGAGAGCGUGUACGGGGAGCCGGUGGUGGCGUCCGGCAACGCGUAUGUGUCGGUAGUUCCUGUGGACGCGAAACUCGCAAGUUCCAACUAUGAUACAGAAGCCAAGCGCGAGCUCAUGGGCGAGGACAAGAGAGUACGUGCACGCGCUAACCACCUGGCUUUCACGAAGCACCGCACCAGCUACGACCUGGUGCAGGUAGAGGCGCAGCUGCGGGAGCUGCACGCCAAGUUGCAGAAGUGCCUGUAG